CGCCAGCACCUUAGAAGGGCCCACGGGCCCCGCCCCCGCUGCAUCCUCCCACCUGGGGCUGCCUCCUGCCGCGGCUGGGAGGCGAGUUUCUCCCGGGCCAGCGCGCACCGGGCACCUCCCCGGCCAUGGACUGAGCGCGCUGCCGUCUCCGCCGGGGGCUGGGACUGGCCCCUUCCCUGCUGGGGGGUUCACCCCCCCCCCGUCUCCUCCCCGCUGGGUUUGGUUUUAUGGGGCAGCCAGAGACUCGACCAUGUUAUCGGGCUCCAAAAACUCCUUUAAAAUCCAGCAGCACAAGCCGGGCCCUGCGCUGAGAGGUCCAAAGUCCUCUGACAUGAACAGCGGGCGAAACAGGAACUGCCAGGCUUUCCCGUGUAUCCCAGGGGAACACGUCCUGGAAGCGGCAGCUCACGUGAGGAAGAUCGUCCGCUCCAGGGAUGGCGAAGGAUCCAUCCUGGGCACACUGUACUGCACCAACCUGAGAGUCGCCUUCGUGCCAGAGCCGGCCCCGGGUGACACGGUGGGGGCCCCUCGCUGUUCCACUUGCCUGCACAGUGAGCACGACGUGGCCCUGCCCUGCAUCGGGAGGCUGGUGGCAGUGAACAGCGUCACCAAGGCCAAGGUGCUGACGGCCAGCUCUACCCUCAAGUUCAUCCCGGAGGAGCUGGUCCUCUACUGCCGGGACUUCCGGGUGCUGCGUUUCCGCUUCCGCGACAGCGGCUUGGAGCCCCGGGCCUGUCAGGUGACGCUGGCCAUCGUGCAGGCUCAGGAGAGCAGCAGCGCCAGCGCGGGGAAGUGGUACGACACUGGUGCUAUAAGGAACCUGGAGAACGCCUGGCUGAGCACGGAGGAGUCGUCGUCGUCCCCCCCGACGCUGCUCUUCGAGAGGCCCUGUGACUGGGAGAAGGAGCUGAGGCGGCUCGGGGCUGCUGGCUGGAGGGUCAGCCCCGUCAAUGAGCGCUUCGACAUGGCCACCAGCCUCCCCAAGUACCUCUGGGUCCCCAGCAGGCUCCUGGACAACGAGCUCAAGAGGGCCUUCGGCCACUUCAACGCGAGGCGCAUCCCGAGGCUGUGCUGGCAUCACCCGGGAGGCAGCGACCUGCUGAGAGCCGCCGGCUUUCACGCCGAUUCAGACCCCGAGAAGGAAGACGUGAGGUCUGUGGAAGCGCUGAUGCUCGCCGGCCACGCCCAGUGCGUGAUAGUGGAGACAGCCGCCGACCUGCCCAGCCCUGCAGAGAUCCAGCUCUCUUACCUCAAACUUCGGGCCCUCUGCCUUCCUGACUCCUCUGUGGCCGAUGAGAAGUGGCUCUCUGCCCUGGAGGGGACGCGCUGGCUGGAGCACGUCAGGGCUUGUGUGAGGAAAGCGUGCGAGGUGGCCGCCCUGCUGGCAGAGAGGUCCCGCUCCAUCAUGCUGCAAGGUAGAGUCAGUCGUUCCCUCCUCUGGCCCAGGCACAGGCUGGAUGCCCUGAGGCUGGGCCAGGUGUGCGAGUCAGACGACCGGGAUCUGAACUGCCUGCUGGCCUCCCUCGUCCAGGUCCUGUGGGAUCCCCAUGCCCGUACCCAGUCUGGGUUCCAGAGCCUGCUGCAGAAGGAGUGGGUGGUGGCAGGGCACCCUUUCCUCCAGCGCCUCAACCUCCUCCGGGACAACGACCGCGAGGAGUCUCCGGUGUUUCUGCUUUUCCUGGACUGCGUGUGGCAGCUGCUCCAGCAGUUCCCAGCAUCCUUUGAGUUCACAGAGACAUACCUGGUGGCCCUCCAUGACAGCAGCUACAUACCCUUCUUCAGCACCUUCCUGUUUAACUGCCAGUGGGAGAGAGAUCGCAGGAAUCAGCACCGUGCCUCCAACCAGAUCUACGCGCCCGUCAACGGCUGGCGGGAGCCCCCUCCCCUGGAGAUCCUGCAGAAGGGUGGCCGCCUGGCGAAGGAGAGAGGGGGCCCCUACUUGCCCACCAUCUGGGACUGGGCGCUGCGCUACACCACCCAGCAGAGGGCGCAGUUCAGAAAUCCAGCCUAUGCCAGGGGCAGCGGCAGCACCACUGUUCCAAAUGGCAAAUCUGCCCCACUAGGGGGCGAUAAGCUGGAAGCUGCCUUGUCUGGGAACGGCACCAUGUACCUGUUUGCCAAGGGGGCCCUCUCGCCGCAGACCCACCUCUUCCCCUGGAAGAACGGCUCGCUUUCCAAAAAGGGCUGGCGGCGGGCUCAGUCCUCGGAGAGCCUCAGCGAACAGGACCGGUCCUUGAGAAGCAGUCCCAGCGGCUGCCCCCUGCAGUCUGAGGGGCUGCUACUUCCUGCCUCUGUGGGCCCCCUGAUCCGGCUCUGGAGAAGGUGUUACCUGCGGGGGAGCCAGGAAGUUCAGCGUGGCCUCUUUGCCUCCACGCUCGCUGAACUCGCGGAGGAGCUGGACCUGCUUCGAGAGCGGCUGGGUGACUGACAGGCGAGGGGACCUGCUAGGGUGCCUCACCAUGACAGCACGCGGAACCCUUCUCGCCAGCCCCCUGAAGGCGAAACGCCGCGAAGACUGGAUGGCCUUGCGUCCCUGCUGCCAUGCUGGAGAUGGGAGAGCGCCCCGGGCAGAACUGGAUCUGGCCGCUGGGCCAGCGGACCAAGGGCGGGGACCUCAACAGACUCUGGGCCCUGCUGUUCCUCCUGCCGCGGGGAGCUGCCCGUCCUGUGGCUGCAGGAAAGGGAACCGGGCAACCCCGUCCAUCCAAAGGGCUCACUCCCACUCACACAGCUCAGAGUGGUGGGUGCCCAGAUAACCCUGGCUCCUCCCAAGUGCUACCUCCUCAAAAUUGGGCCCGAUCCCAGAGCCCCCACCCGGCCCUGAGUCUGGCUAAGCCCCCCCCACCCCAAUCUGGGUGUUUGGCCGGGGUUCGGAUGGUGGGUUCUGGAUGGGAACCGAACAACUCCAGUGUUCUCUAGCGCCGCUCGGCAAAACCUACAGAGUAGGGUUCUGUUACUGCAGGGUUCGGGGCAGGCACUCCAGGGUACUGGGUCCAACCGCUUUUGCUGCUGCUCCAUCUGAGUUGUCUCUGUCUCCGUCUCCGUUCUCUGAUCUUUCAUGCACCUUCACCCUCCUCGCUCCCCCAGGGUGACUUACUCAGCUGAUAAGGCUGGCUCAUUCGCGUACCUCCCCCAGAGGGGCGGCAUGUGGGUGGAAGGGCAGGCGAGGAUUAACCUGCCGCUGCCCAUGCUGUACCCAUCCCCUGGGUUCUUGCUGGCCUCUGAUCUCCAGCACUGUCAGUCUGGCACCCGUCCCUGAGCGGCAACUCUGCAAAGCUUGUAACCCCCUGCCUGGAUUCCCCAACUGACCCUUUCUAUCGAGGCUUUUGAAGCGGGAGGGGAGGGGAAAAUAAUUGAAUCUUUCAGAAGGGGGGUGGGAAAAGGGGGAGCAAGAGAACCCCAUCCUCAGUAGAUUACGGGGAGCCCUCCCGAGCUCCCAUCUCCGGGCAGGGCUACGCUACAGACUUGCAUCGGCAGCAGCGCUGUAGCGCUGCUGGUGAAGACAUUCUAAGCCUACAGCGAGCUCUCCCAUCAGCCGCAGGGCGGGUUAAGGUCGGUAUAACGACGUUGCUCAGGGAUGUGAAAAAUCCACCCCCCUGAGCGACGUAGUUAGAGCAGUGUGUGGAAUGUAGACCUGGCCUCUGAUCCGAAAGCUGCCGUGCGGCGCCAGAGCCGGAUGCACUUGGCGCUGUCCUGCUAGCAAUGUGCUGGGGCGGGUCUUUGAGGCAGUGGGCAUGUCCCGGCGCUAGGUACUUACUGUGCUACCUCCAGAGCUUGCUUUCUAAGCCUUGGAGUUCAGGUCUCGACGGGAGAGUCCCUGGAGGGCGGGAUUGUCGGGAUCUGGAGCUUAGGAACUCUGUUGGCUGAACAAUAUACCCAGCUGUGCCUCUUCCAGUCAUCUGGGCAGCAUGCAAGUUGCAGGCGGCUGGUAAUGGCAAUUUUGGUAACGGGUGGUCCCGGGAGCCUCUGUCCUCCGUUACUACCCUCGAACAAUGGCAAUUCUGCUCUCAGUAGAUUGGACCAAGCUGCUCAGUAGUUUCUCUUACAGCGUGUUUCCAGCACAAGCUUAGGGGGGUACUGGUGCAGGGGUGGGAGCCUCUCCUAUCUGCCAUCACGGCAGACCUAGGUCAGGUUACCACCUGAUGUCUCUGAGGAAGGGAUUGGUGGGUCGCAGCCAGGUCCCCAUUAAACAAGCAUCUGUGUCCCCCAAGCUCCGUCGUCUUUCCUGCUCUGUGGCUCCCAUCUUGAUACAUGCAAUGGAGUGGGAAUGGGCCUUGUUCUCAACUUUCCCAGUGCUCCUUGUACAUGGAGCCUCAGCCCUGGGUUAUGGGGCUGGGGUUAGGGGGAGGGCAGUUUGCCUGGGCUGUACCCAGCCUAGGGGCUUUCAGUUUCCAGGGCUACCCCCCUGGCAUCUCUCUCGAGCUUGGUGGGGAGAAAAAGCUGAAGGCCACCCGGCCCAGUCAUGGGCUGCUUGUCGCCUUAAGUCAGGGUUGUCGUUGCUUUUGUGCUUUAAACCUGAAUUGAAAAGUGGAUGCUGUAGAUCGUGGGCCCUGCAUUUCAGGGAACUGGGCUUGCCAUCUGAGCUCCAGCUUUUCAGGGGCCUGACUCACAACCCGGUCACCCAUCACUCCUUCCGCUUCAUAGCCAGCCUUCUUGGGCUGAGACUUUCAUCUCCGAGUGGGAUCUGGAACCCAAUCUCCCUCCUCACCCUGCCGAAUUCACAUCCAAUUAGUUAACUUCACCAGCCCUGCUUGGGCAUUAAAAUCAACAGGAGUCUUUCUGUUGGCCCUAAUGGGCAUUGGAUUCAGGCCCUUGUGAGGGGGAUGGAGGAAACCCUUUGAUGGGAGACUUGCUGCAUCUUUCAGGUACCUACAGAUGCAUGACUGCUGUACCCAGAUGGCAUCAUGCUACUUUGUCAGUGUUUAUGGACACUGGGGUUUGCACAGUUCCUGUAUGCUACUUCUUUUCUGCCCUGAGAUUUGAGUGCCUACUUUGUAUAUCUGUCUAACAACAAUGAGGAAUAACAAAGAUUAUUUUUAUUGGCAUUUGUAAUAUAAUCUCUCGGGGCGAUAUUAGAGAUGUUUGUUUUUUGUUGAAAAAUUUAUAUUUUAUAUUAAAGAAAAAAAAGCUCUGGUUCUAACAUUUAGUAACUCACAGGAAAUGGGUUAUUGUAUAAGCUAAAAUGUUUAGACAAAACUGGACGAUACAUUUUUAUGUGUGUUUCUCUCUCUCUCUCUCUCUCUCUCUCUCUCACACACACACCCACACACAGAGGGAUUGGAAGCCGCCAAAUUCCAGGGUGGAUUAGAACAGUUGUAGGGGUAGGGCUACCCUGUAAUCCAAGUAUUGCAGCACGGGUAGACAUGCCGGCAUGGCUAAGAAUAGCAGUGUAGAUGUGGUGGCACGUGUCAGUGUGGACUGUACGGGGACCCUGGGUAUGUGGGCUAGCAAUGCAUCUACUUGGCAAUUUUGAGCCAUGCGUGUGCAGAUAAAGCUAGUGCAGGUAUGUCUUCCCAUGCACUAAUCACACCUAGGAUUGCAGGAUAGACCUACCCAUGCUGCAUGUGUUACAGCAGAGGGUCUAAUCCAGCUGUGAUCUUAGUUUACGAAAUUGGUACUGUUCUCUGCGAAACUCUGGAAUUGUUGGGGUAAGAGUCCUAGAACUUUAGGACUUUCAGGCCCUGGGAAAGAACCAGGACUGUCAUCUGAUGGAGUAUGAACAAAGUACUUCCUCCAGAACAGCCUCAUUUCUUUUUACGGGCAAGGUUUCAAGAGCGGGAGGCUCUGGACUUUCCUUGGAAGAGUCCUUUUCCUGCUGGUUACUCCUUUAUAAUAACUUGGAUGUUUUUUUUGUUUUUUGUUUUUUUUGUUGUUGUGUGUUUAAAUCUUAGUGCUAAUAGCACAUAUACAUAGAAGUAUUUUGGAGACCAGAACGUUAGGAUAACUUGGUGCAGAUCACACAUUCCCGGUGGCAUGAGGCAUGAGUUAAGUGGAAAUCCAAACAAGGGCAUUUUUUUUUCUAUUCUGUAUAUUUUUGUAGUGACAUUUCUAUUUAAGAGCUCAUUAAAGUGCAGUAUUUUUAAAUGCA